AUGAUUUUUGUUCAUCUGUGUUCAGAGGUCAGGCUGGUUGGAGGUUCUCGCUGCUCUGGGUGGUUAGAGAUCCUUCAUGAUCAGACGUGGAUGUCAGUGUGUGACGCUGCCUUUGACCAGCAGGAUGCAGAGGUUGUGUGUAGAGAGCUGGACUGUGGGGCUCCUGUACAGGUGCUGAGAGCUGCUGCUUUUGACAAAGUAGACGCUCAGAUGUGGACACAAGAGAUUCACUGCAGAGGAAAUGAAUCUCAAAUUCACCUCUGUCUAACAUCACAUUUAACAGUUAAAAGCAAUUGCUCUCAUGACAUUGGUGUGCUGUGUUCUGACAUAAUAAAUGUUAGACUGGUGAAUGGUACCAGUCGCUGUGCUGGCACAGUGGAGGUUUAUCAUAGAGGUCAGUGGGGAACAGUGUGUGGUGCUGGAUGGGAUAUGGCUGAUGCUGCAGUGGUGUGUAGAGAACUGAACUGUGGAGAACCUGUAGAUGCUCACUAUGUUGCUCGUAUUGAGCCAGGAUCGGGACUCUUCUCAAAGAAAAAUGCGAUGUGUACUGGAUCAGAGUUUACACUCAGGAAAUGUGGUUUCAUAGAGUCUACUGAUCCUCAUGUGUGUCUUGAUAAAAAUGCACAAGUCAUUUGUUCAGGAAAUGUGGGAGUAAGGUUGGUUGGAGGUACCGACCGCUGUUCUGGUCGAGUGGAGGUUCUUUACAGAGGUCAGUGGGGAACAGUGUGUGACAUUGGCUGGGAUAUGCCAGAUGCUACAGUGGUGUGUAGAGAACUGGACUGUGGAGAACCUGUAGAUGCUCUGGGUAACGCUCAUUUUGGACCAGGAUCAGGACCAAUCUGGAUGAAUCGCUUAACAUGUUCUGGAUCAGAACCAAAGCUGAGGAAAUGUGGAUCAGUGGAAUGGGGUAUAUAUCACUGUGAUCAUUCUAAAGAUGCAGGAGUCAUCUGCUCUGGUCACAAGCUUGCCAGAAACUCCAGUUGUUCUGGGAUAGUGGAAGUGCUUCAUAAUCAGACGUGGAUGUCAGUGUGUGAUGCUGCCUUUGACCAGCAGGAUGCAGAGGUUGUGUGUAGAGAGCUGGACUGUGGGGCUCCUGUACAGGUGCUGAGAGCUGCUGCUUUUGACAAAGGAGACACUCAGAUGUGGACACAAGAGAUUCACUGCAGAGGAAAUGAGUCUCAGAUUCACCUCUGUCCAAAAUUAACAUCAUUACAUGAAAAAAACUGUUCACAUGAUAAUGCUCAUGGAAUGGGUCAUGACCAGAAGAAUGUGAGGUUGGUUGAUGGCAACAGUCGAUGUGCUGGUAGAGUUGAGGUUUAUCAUCGAGGUCAGUGGGGAACAGUGUGUGAUUAUGGCUGGGAUAUGGCUGAUGCUGCAGUGGUGUGUAGAGAACUGGACUGUGGAGAACCUGUAGAUGCUCUGGGUGAUGCUCAUUUUGGACAAGGAUCAGGACUAAUAUGGAUGAGUCUUGUGUUAUGUACUGGAUCAGAAUCAAUUUUGAAGAACUGUGGGUCAGCAGGAUUGACCAAACAUGACUGUUCUCACUAUAAAGAUGCUGGUGUGAUUUGUUCAGAGAUUCUUCAUGAUCAGACGUGGAUGUCAGUGUGUGAUGCUGCCUUUGACCAGCAGGAUGCAGAGGUUGUGUGUAGAGAGCUGGACUGUGGGGCUCCUGUACAGGUGCUGAGAGCUGCUGCUUUUGACAAAGGAGACGCUCAGAUGUGGACACAAGAGAUUCACUGCAGAGGAGACGAAUCUCAGAUUUCAUUCUGUUACACUGACUUAAGACUGGUAAAUGGUUCAGACUCUUGUUCUGGAAGAGUGGAGCUUCAGUAUCUCAGUAAAUGGGGCACAGUGUGUGAUGCAUGCUGGGAUAUGAGAGCUUCCAGUGUCCUCUGUAAACAGCUGAAUUGUGGGAUUGCUGUAUCUGUUGUGGGAUCAGACUGGUUUGGAGAGGGACGUGGUGAAAUCUGGGCUGAUGUGUUUGAUUGUGACGGGAAUGAAACAAAACUCUCCGAAUGUUCAAUCUCUUCAUGGAGUCGAGCUGAACGCUCUCAUAGACGAGAUGUUGGAGUUAUCUGCUCUAACUCAUCUCUGGCUCUUCAUGAGGGUCUGGUGCGGUUGUCUGGAGAGAGUCAGUGUGAGGGGCAGGUGGAAGUUUUGAUCCAGCAGGUCUGGAGGAAGGUUCUGCUGGACUCCUGGAGUCUCAUUGAAUCCUCUGUGGUCUGCAGACAGCUGGGCUGUGGUUCUGUGCUCAACUUCUCGGGCUCCUCUUCAUCCAGUCCUGAACACAGUCAUGAGUGUGUGAUGGGCUUCCAGUGCUCUGGGAGUGAAGCUCAUCUGGGGAACUGCAGCUCUCCACAAACUCUCAACUGCAGCUCCACACAACAGCUGUCAAUCACCUGCCUUGUAUCAGGCCGCGGUUCCAUCAGGCUGGUGGGUUCUGGGGGAGACUGUGCAGGGAGGCUGGAGGUUUUUCACAACGGCUCAUGGGGGACAGUGUGUGACGACUCCUGGGAUAUUAAAGAUGCCCAUGUGGUGUGCAGACAGCUGCAGUGUGGAGUGGCCCUCAGUAACCAGCAGGUACCAGCCUGGUUUGGUCCUGGUUCUGGACCCAUAUGGCUGGAUGAGGUGGAGUGUGAGGGGAAUGAGACGUCCCUGUGGAGCUGCUCUUCUCCAGGCUGGGGAAAACAUGACUGUCAACACAAGGAGGAUGUAGGAGUCAUCUGCUCUGAGUUUAAAGAGAUCAGGUUAACUGAGGGCUGUGAAGGGAAUGUGGAGGUUUUCUACAAUGGAUCCUGGGGAAAUGUGUGCUGGAAUCAGAUGGACAGAGACACAGCGAGUCUGAUAUGUCAAGAGCUUAACUGUGGAAGAUCUGGCAGUGAACCCAGUAAUUCAGAGGGGCUGAGGCCUCAUAAUUGGCUUGAUAAAGUUUUAUGCAGACAACAUGAUUCCAGUUUAUGGCAGUGUCCAUCUGCACCCUGGGGACAGAAUGACUGUAGAAACGAAGUGGUCAAGAUUAGCUGCACAGCUCAUGUUCCUCUCAGACUGCGUGGAGGGGACGGUCGGUGCUCUGGGAGGCUGGAGGUGUAUCAUAACGCUGUGUGGGGCUCAGUCUGUGAUGAUCUCUGGGACAUCAGCGAUGCUCAGGUGGUCUGCAGGCAGCUGGGUUGUGGAGCAGCACUGAGGGCUGAUGGGAAUUCAGCCUUUGGUGCUGGUGAACGUGUUGUGUGGUUGAACAGAGUCCAGUGCAGAGGGAAUGAGCUUCACCUGUGGGACUGUCCUCUCUCCCUGAACAACCACACUGACUGCUCCCACAAAGAGCACGCUGGACUCACCUGUGCAGAUUUGCCUGGUGUUCCCGGACACACACCUCCUGCCAAAACAACAUCUGGUUCUAUUCAAGUUUCAACACAAGUUCCUCGCACAGAAACUCUCCCAGUCCCCCCAGUGCUGCUGAUUGUACUGGGAGUUGUGCUCUUACUGCUCUUAGUGCCGCUGCUUACACUGAUUCAGCAGAACAGAGUGAUGAGGAGAGCUCUCUCUAAGAGGACACACAGGACCAUCACUGAGGCCGUUUAUGAGGAGAUUCAGCAAAGACCCACGAAAAGACAAAGUUUUUUUACUCAGAAGGGUAAUGUCCUUUCUAAACAACAGCAUUCUGGAUAUGAAGAUGCAGAUGAUCUUCUUUCAGUGAGUUCUGCACCUCACUCCUAUGAUGACAUCACAACUGAAGACCCUGAAGAACAAGUAUCAUCUGAGAAUUAUGAUGAUGCAAUCACUGCUGGACGGAGACAUUUUGGUGCAGAUGAUGUGUCAGAAAACUAUGAUGAUGUCGUCGUUGUACGACAACUCUCCAAUGAUAAAGCAGAGAGUGAGGAGGAUUGUGGUGAUUCUGAUGUCAGGGAGUAUGCAAGUGACAUGUUUGCUUAUGAUGAUGUGGGGGAAGAACCAGAAAAACUGGAAGCAAAUGUGUAACCUAGCCACACAGAGUGUUUCUUUUGUUUUAAAGCAAGUUUUCGGUAGAUUUAAGAAGAUGCUAUCAAAUGUUCUGCUGUUGUUUCCCUAUAUUUUUUGUAAUGAUGUUUUUUUUUAUCUUUUUAAUAUAAUUAUAACUUGCUCUCAUGGCCUUUUCAGAAUGUUUAAGUUUCUUUUUCAGAUGUUUUAUGAUGUAAUUUAAUUUCAGUCAUGCAGACAUUUCUGUUUAAUAUAACCUAUUUUCCACCCAACAUUCACACAGUUUUUAUAAACAUUAAUUAUGAUUUCAGAUGCCAUCCAUUUAUCCAUUUAACAUGUAUCCUCCUCUGUUCCAGUCUCAUUUUACAAAUACUUCGUCUUGUAAACAUAAUAUUCCCAUUGAAUAUACUGUAGACCCUCUGAUGGUGGACUUUUAUAUUUUUUGAUUAACCUAGGAAUGUACUUUGAGAAAUAUCUUGAUAAACAGCUACCAUGGGAUCUUCAUAAGAAUGUAAUAACUCCUUUAAACUAGCAGAAGAGCUUAUUGUUCACUUUAUAUUUAGCAGAGGAGGUUUCUGACAAUGAGACAUUGUUUGUAUACACUUUUUAAUAUUGAGACUUUAUGUUUGUAUUAUUUUAAGUAGCUGUUUUAGAUUUUAAUCCAGUUUAAAUGUGUUGAAUUGCUUCGAAUGUUUUCUGAUGAGGAAUAAAAUCAAACUUGAAUUUGAA